AUGAAAAUGGCUUGGGCAACAAAGAUGGCGUCUUAUGUUCUCUCCCUCUUUCUGUUCCUUGCCCCCUGCACCGCUGAGCCAGACGCCCAUUUUGAUCCAUGUGAGUUACAGAUAGGGCGCCUGGUGCUUCCCUGGGCAAGACACAGAGUUGGAAGCAUUGAGGCUGGAAUGAGACCAUGUAGUGGACCCUUCCCUAAGACCCGAUGGUUUUUACAUAAAUCUGGCUUUAAAAAUACUAUGGGAGCAUUGGAUAAAAUUAGAAGCAUUUUCUGGACCUUGAGUCUGGGAUGGUCAGGUCUCCAUUGACUUCAGUGUCGACUCAACCAAGAAGCACAACUUAGGGAAAACCUGUUAUACCGACCCAGGGGGACAAUGGGUUUCCCCUACAGUUUAAUCGCACUUUGUACCACUUGCAUUGAAAUUGCUGGGUUGAGGUUACUAAGGCAACCAGACCACUUUAUCAAGAUAGUUGGGUUCUGCCAUUUCUACCAACUUGUUGGGUUUUCACUGAGAAUUUUCACAACUGUGGCCCAUAACAUGGGGUUUUAGUGAGUAAACCUAGGGGCAGGGCUAAUCCAGGAAUAUGGCCUCCUAUCCUCAGUAUUGGCACUAGGGUAUGGGAUUGGCCUCUUUAGGGUGGCACUGGGCACAGCAUAUCCAAGCCUGAUCUUUAUCCCAUUUUCUACAGCUUCUUGCCGAUACGCAUUGGGCAUGCAGGACAGGACUAUACCAGAUGAGGACAUCACCGCAUCCAGUGCCUGGUCGGACUCUACAGAAGCCAAACACAGCAGGUGAGAGCUUGCCAGUCCACAGAUUGCCAAAAAAGGCUAAAUCACUACAGGCAAUAGGUGCUACUAAGAGAAUCUGGGCUUCCUAGUACAGUGCUGUGGUGCUGAACGGUGCAUGUCAAUGGCAAUCAAAAAUUGGUUUAAUGUUCUAGAGUGAGAUUAUCGCCUGCAAUGUAUGAGUUAGUUACAGUGUGUUCUGUGAAUUCCCUGAAUUGUAUGACUGUAGUAUAUGCUUUAACACAAGACGUAUCUCUAGGUAGCACUUUUCCAGAACGCUGUGUGGUGCAAUAGGCAGGGAAGUAUGUGGAUAUUAUUAAGAAACACAAUGAUGCCUAAAUCAGAGGUUUCACUUUUCACUGAUCCCAUUUCAUCAUCAUUGUUAUAGCACAAACUCUUCUGCUAUGAAUAGGACAGGAGUUCUCCCGUCAUAGAGCACUGCUCAACAUAUUUACUAAGAAUGGAUAAGUAAAAAAAUGUGCAGAUCCUUUGAUCUACCCGAAUCAUGUCUGGAAUAUAAAAUCUUUUCUGUUAGUCUUUCAAAUUCUUAAAAAGGAAAGUUUUAUAUAUAAAUAUUUUUAUUUUUUUUAAACAACUCCCAUUUUUUUUUUUUUCCCUCAAUAUUCUGUUCUCAAAAAUAUCUCUUAUCGGAAUGCGUAACGGGUUAUAAUUUAAUAAAUACUUAGUAGUUCAGCGUGGAGUAGAUCAGGUGGUUUUUAUUGUAAAUCACAUAAAUUUUCUUUAUGCAGAUUAUAUCAGAGUCAGGUUUGAGGCUCUUGUACUGCACCUUAUGUUGGUGAUUUUAAGUAAUAAAUAUCAGCCGAUUAUAAGACUGAACAUGAAAGUAUACUGGCAUGGGAGCGCAUGGUUUUAAAGGUAAUUAAGAGCAGGUUAUGCUUUUAGUAUAAUCUCCCUUUACGUUCCCCUUCAGAUGUCUCCCACAUGUAACUUAAAACACUUUGCCAUGUGCUCAGUCUUAUAGGCACGGUGCGUGAAAUGAACUAUCAAAUUCCACAGCUGACCUUCAACUUGUAUAAUAUUUUUGUAAUUUUGUGUACGGGUUCCCGAAAGAACUUUCACGUCAAUUUGGGUCACCCCACCCACUCCAUGUCCUUGAGACAAGCUGCAAUAUAUAUAAUUGAUAAAGAAAAGUUCACGCUGCUCUUGCCACAUUACAUGUUGUACGUUAGGCUGGGAGAAGACGAGGUUCAAAUUCCUUGAUUUAGAGAAAUUGGGGGUAAGGUUCCCAAAACACCAUGUUUUCUGCCUUCUGUCAAUCAGGCUUCAAAAAAAAAAACUACCCAACAGUAUGUGAAAUUCAAAUGCUUCUCAUGUGACCUCAUUAAAGGGACACUAUAGCGUUACGAAUACUAAUGUGUAUUCCUAAUGCUACACUGCCCUAGUCGCAGUUUAGGGGACCGGGCCCCGCUGGGAGGGUUAAAAAGGUAUGUUUACUUACAUUACUUCCUCGCAGCGCCAGUUUCCUCGAGGGAGUUCAACCUCUUUGGCUGAGAUCAAUAAUCUCAUCCAAUCCAAUGAUAUCCCAUAGGAAAGCAUUGGGGCACUAAUGUGCAUGCGCAGCAAUACUUCACACUGUACCAAUCAGAUCUUCUGUCUGAGACCUCCUGAUUGCAAAAAGUGCAGCUUUACUCUACCUUUUUGUGGAAACCACCGCUAGUGAUUGUCAGAAUGACAGCCAUUAAAUGCAGGUUAACUUGCAAUGAAAACACUGACGUUUCAGCAGGCAGGACAUGGCACACAGACCACUUCAUUGACCACUUCUUUAAGUAAUCACAGCACUUUCUUCGAGACUGCGGCAGCAAUUAGUCAACUGAUUUCACACGAGGAGCAUGUGAACUCUUUUUAUACUGCUGGGAAGGACUUUCAAAUCCCAUCUUAGAAAAUUCAGAAUUUAUAAAUAUCGUCAAAAAAGCAGGAGGAGACCUUGAAAGCCGAGGAGGAUAUUAUUUGUUGUGUAGGGGUUUCUACAUUUGUUUAAUUCUUAUUACUUAUGAAGUGUUUUGAUAUCAUACAGCACUCCCUGAGAGUUAAUGUGAAUAGAAAGAUGUUAAUACACACAUUGCAUCAAUACAGAUAAGUAGGGAGUCAGGGGCCUUGGUCAGAAGAGCUUACAUUCUGGAGAGUUGCUCUAUGUUAGAGACAUUAGGUGAGGGGGUGUUUGGUGGAUAAUGGGAUGAUAAAAGGGACGGGAAGGUUGACAUCACUGGGACGGGUGUAUAAGGGAUAUAAAUGGAGAUGUGGUAAUUCUCUCUGAAUAGAGGCAUUCUCACAGAACACUUUUUGAGAUCCUUUAAUCUUUCCAGACAUCACAGAUUUGAUCUAAAUCGGGUCUGUGCUACUUUCUGAAUCAAAGACUAAAACGGGAGUUGUGUCCGCCAUUCCUGCUUGAAACCUAAUGAUUGUCAUGCACUCCAGCAAGUGCGUGCUCAAUCUUCACAGUAACAUUUUCACUCUGUUUGGAGGACUGUCGAGAAAAGGGUGUUUAUCUAAUGCAACUCUGGGAAAUGUAGUUGAGAAAUAACUGCAGUGCCAAUCUUAGCUCCUCUUUGUUCUCGGAGGGCAGUAACUAGCCUUGACAUCAUUGAUAUUUUGAAGUCUAUCUGCAGCCUGUGCAGAGCUUCCUCACACAGAGCAUGCUCCAGUAUUGAACGUCUUCUGAGAUUAUUUAAAUUUACCCAGCGUUAGUCAUCAGGCCAUAUUUUUCUCAUGAGCCUCAUGUAACAGGCGGUAACAUGUACCGGGAGAUUUAGUGUGUUUAUAAACCUGGAAAGUUUGAAUGUGUCCUGUCAGCGAGACAGUGAAGUGUGGGAUCCUCUUAAGUAGAAACCAGAGAGUUUCUCUGAAAACGCUGAGUAAGAAAGUUUGACUUGUCCCUUCGCGUUGAAGCCAUCGUGUCGAGACACGCCAAGGACUGUUUUAUUCUCUUGUCUCUGUUUUCACUUUCUCAGGAUUUCAUGGCAAGACAUCAUUGCACUCAUUUUAAAAACAACCAUGGCAUCUACAACUAUUGAACCGACAUUUCUCUUUUUUAUCUCUUUGUACACAGAUUGGAAAGUCAUGAUGGCGAUGGUGCCUGGUGUCCAGCAGAAUCCGUGUAUCCCAAUAAUGACGAGUAUUUGCAAGUAGACCUAAGGAAGCUGUAUUUUGUAACUCUGGUGGGCACACAGGGUCGAGAUGGUGGUGGGCUGGGCAAGGAAUUUGCCCGACAUUACCAACUGCGCUACAGCCGUGAUGGCUAUAAGUGGGCUCAAUGGAAGGACCGCUGGGGAAAUGAAGUAAGUGAGGGGAUAAAAUGGGGUGGAAGGUUUAUGUUGGGUUAAUGAAGGAAAGAAGGAUUGUGAUUGGAGGAUGAUCUGUGUAACAGGGACAAACUAAUACUGAUUAUCUUCAUCCAUCAGGUCAUAGCAGGUAAUGAAAACACACAAGAUUUGGUAUUGAAGGAUUUGGGGCCCCCGCUUAUUGCCCGUUACGUUCGUUUCUACCCCAUGGCUGACCGUGUGAUGAGUGUCUGCCUGCGGGUAGAGCUGUACGGCUGUGUGUGGCAGGGUGAGUCUUUCUCUUUGACCUGUAAUGAUAGAAGUUCAUUCUAGUUUCUUGAUAUAAUCAGGACCUGGCUUUCAUGUUGUUGGUCUCUAACUUUUUCUACAAGUUGUAUUGUUCAUCCUGUGGUCUCUGAUCGUCACUAAUUCAUGUGGUUGUCACUGAUUUCACUAAGUGUGUGUAUCUGACUUCCUUUCGGAUCAGACACACUGACACUAAGUGACACGCUGUGACCCAAAAUGCUGCUUGUACUCCGUGAUCAGUGUCUGAGUCCAUCUCCAGCCUGUUGUCUCCCCCUUUUCUAUUUUUCUAUUUUCCCCGCCUUUGGUUUCAUUAAUAUUUCUCACUGUCCGUUUCCUUCCCCAUAGAUGGACUUCGCUUUUACACUUCCCCACCGGGUAACGUGAUGCAUCUCCCAUCAAUGCUCAUUAGUCUUAAUGACUCUACCUAUGACGGGCUCACUGUGGGAGGGUAAGCAUUCAUUUUACACUGUGACACACACAUCAGACUCAAUGCUAAUUCUCACAUACUGCCACACCGUGACACGUCCACAUGGCAUUCAGCGUUUCAAACUGCCACAUCGUGACACGGCAUCCAGCGUUCCACACAAACUGCCACACGUGACACGUCCACACGGCAUUCAGUGUUCCACAAAUACUGCCACACCUUGACACGUCCACACGGCAUCCAGCGUUCCACAAAUACUGCCACACCGUGACAUGUCCACACGGUAUUCAGUGCUCCUCUCAUACUGCCACACCGUGACACAUCCACACGGCAUCCAGCGUUCCACAAAUACUGCCACACCGUGACACGUCCACAUGGUAUCCAGUGCUCCUCUCAUACUGCCACACAGUGACACGUCCACACGGCAUCCAGCGUUCCACAAAUACUGCCACACCGUGACACGUCCACAUGGUAUCCAGUGCUCCUCUCAUACUGCCACACCGUGACACGUCCACAUGGCAUCCAGCGCUCCACAAAUACUGCCACACCGUGACACGUCCACAUUGUAUCCAGUGCUCCUCUCAUACUGCCACACCGUGACACGUCCACACGGCAUCCAGCGUUCCACAAAUACUGCCACACCGUGACACGUCCACAUGGUAUCCAGUGCUCCUCUCAUACUGCCACACCGUGACACGUCCACAUGGCAUCCAGCGUUCCACAAAUACUGCCACACCGUGACACGUCCACAUGGUAUCCAGUGCUCCUCUCAUACUGCCACACAGUGACACGUCCACACGGCAUCCAGCGUUCCACAAAUACUGCCACACCGUGACACGUCCACAUGGUAUCCAGUGCUCCUCUCAUACUGCCACACCGUGACACGUCCACAUGGCAUCCAGCGUUCCACAAAUACUGCCACACCGUGACACGUCCACAUUGUAUCCAGUGCUCCUCUCAUACUGCCACACCGUGACACAUCCACACGGCAUCCAGCGUUCCACAAAUACUGCCACACCGUGACACGUCCACAUGGUAUCCAGUGCUCCUCUCAUACUGCCACACCGUGACACGUCCACAUGGCAUCCAGCGUUCCACAAAUACUGCCACACCGUGACACGUCCACAUGGUAUCCAGUGCUCCUCUCAUACUGCCACACAGUGACACGUCCACAUGGCAUCCAGUGUUCCACAAAUACUGCCACACCGUGACACGUCCACAUUGUAUCCAGUGCUCCUCUCAUACUGCCACACCGUGACACGUCCAUAUGGCAUCCAGCGCUCCAAAAAUACUGCCACACCGUGACACGUCCAUACGGCAUCCAGGGCUCAUCCUCUCAUACUGCCACACUGUGACACGUCCACACGGCAUCCAGCGUUCCACAAAUACUGCCACACCGUGACACGUCCACAGGAUAUCUUAUACUGCUACACCAUAACACGUCCACAAGGCAUACAGUACACCACACAUACUGCCACACCAUGUCAUGUCCACACGGCAUACAGUACUCCACACAUACUGUUCCACACGUGAUGUCACACUAUUCAUACAUUCUUUCCCCCCCCCCCCAGGCUGCAGUAUGGAGGCCUGGGUCAGCUGACAGAUGGCGUUGUGGGGGCUGAUGACUUCACCCAGCAUAAAGAGCAGGGAGUCUGGCCGGGGUAUGACUAUGUCGGCUGGAAUAAAGACAGCUUCCAAUCCGAUUUUCUGGAAAUGGAGUUUGAGUUUGACGCACUGAGAACAUUUACCUAUAUGAGGGUGAGACCUGUCUGUCUGUAUCAAUAAUGUACAUCCUGCAGCCUUGCACACAUGUUGGUGGACUACAACGUAACCUGAUAUGGUGAGAGUUGUAGUCCAGUAAUACUGCAACAGGAUGCAUUGUAUCAAUAAUAUAACCCUUGUCUUGGUUCUACCUUAUAUAUAAUAAUAAUAUAACCCCCAUCCUGGUUCUGCCUGACCUAUAAUAUAAUCCUCAUCCUGGUUCUGCCUGACCUAUAAUAUUAAUAAUAUAACCCUCAUCCUGGUUCUGCCUGAUGUAUAAUAUUAAUAAGACAACCCCCAUCCUGGUUCUGCCUGACCUAUAAUAUAAUCUUCAUCCUGGUUCUGCCUGACCUAUAAUAUUAAUAAUAUAACCCUCAUCCUGGUUCUACCUGAUAAAGAAUAUCAAUAUUAUAACCCCCAUCCUGGUUCUACCUGAUAUAUAAUAUAACCCUCGUCUUGGUUCUCAAUAAUAAUAAUAAUAAUAAUAUUAAUAAUAAUUAUUAUUAUUAAACACAUUUUUAAUGGAAUGUAUUUAUCAUUGUAAUCUGAUAUAUUGACAUUUUAUGAUAACUUUUUGAUGUGGGAUUUUAUUGGGGUUGUUCACAAAAGUGAGAAUUAUGUAGAAUUUAAUAGUUUAGGCCAGAAUUGACAAAUUGUAAAUAUUCACUAAUGCCGUUAUUAUUCCUGCUUGACUACUUUGAUGUAAAAUUUCCCAGUUAACUCUGCACAUGUCUUAGUUUAGUGAAUAAACUCCAUUAAGGUAAAUGUGACAUGUUUCUAAUCUCAGUGAUGAUCCUCCUAGGUACACUGCAACAACAUGCGUUCCCAGCGGGUGCAGAUAUUCCGUCAGGUGACAUGCUACUUCAAACGCUCCCUGCACACGCCGUGGGACGCGCAGCCGGUCAAUGUGUCCCUGGCACUGGAUAUCCGGGACCCCAGCGCACGUUCCGUCACCAUCCCCCUGAAUGGCAGAGCCGCUCGCAUCCUGCGCUGUCACUACUUCUUCUCCAGUCAAUGGCUGCUGUUCAGCGAGAUCUCCUUCCUCUCCGGUCAGCACUGACUCUCUCUCUUGCUCUUUGUAAUCCACGUUCCUGUUUUAUCAGACCGCACUCUCCUCUUGUACAUUAUUGUUAUCUGUGUAGCACCUACCACAUCUAUUAAAAUAAAAGAUGGCGAUUUAUACCAAUAGGCCCCAUCACAGAGAGCUCACUCCCAUCAAACACAGUAUCCUACCACACACAGUCCAGUAAUACACACACAAACACCACCUCAUUGGUUUGUUACCAUCACACACAAACACCAACACAUUACAUACAUGCAAUCCAUAGUACAAACAGCUCACUCUCAGUACUAACUCCCAUUAAACCCAGGUGGCCCCAAAAACACAUACAGAUAGUCUACUCUCAUUACCCACUAACAGGUCACAUCUCUCAUAUUCAUUUCUCAUCAGUCCAUCCUCUCCUUGUCCCUUUUCUAUCAGCCUGGCUGAGAAGUUGUAAAUUAGAGACGUGAUGGUGGGAUACGACACAGAGUUCUAGUAAUGGGAAGAUUUAGGUGUCCUAUUAUGUAUACUAUUAUGUGUAUUUGACUGAUAUUUGCUAAGCCAAUCUGGGGGUAAAUAAUACUUUAGUUGUUCGUCUUGUUCACAGAAAUUAUGGACUCUUCAGAACCUGAGGAACCCAGUCCACUGCCUCCACCAAAAGAGGCACCUCCUAUACCAACGGUAACGAGCCAACCUCAGGGUACCAGCCAGCGAGUGACUACUGCUGCAAUGAGCACCGAAAACUUAAAUGGACAAGGUAAGAAGUGAGAGUUUAAGACCACCUCUGUCCAUGGUUUUUAUUGGGAACCAACUUCUGUCCAGCCUCCUUCCUCAGUCUUAUCUAAUCCCUUUGCCCUUCUCUCUCUGUAGCAAAAUUCUUCAUCUUAUUCCUGGCGCCCACACAACCACAUCUUGCCAUUUCUUUUGCCUUUCUCCUCCCCCAGAACAUUUUUACGUUUUACCCGUUCUCUGUCUUUCACUCUAACCCUUUUUUUUUUUUUUUUUCAGUCCUCGAGGCAGGCAGUGACAUCAGAAUGAACCAACCAGUUGCCAAGGAUGACAGCGGAGACACUUUUAUUUUAAUAGGAUGCCUAUGUAUCAUUAUUUUGCUUCUUGUGGUCGUCAUCAUCCUCAUCCUUUGGCGCCAACGCUGGAAGAAAUUGCUGGGGAAGGUGAUUAGGGGAAGUGGAGAUAAACUUUGUCAUGAGUGCAGUUUAACUCUUGCAAGCUCACAUUUACCCCUCUUAAUCCCCAGGCUCAGCGCCACCACUCUGACAGUGACCUCACCGCUCGACUCUCCCUCCCAUCUGAUACCGUUGUCAUCAACAACACCCAGAAUCCUCUGCCUCCUCGGCAUGGAAACCGAUAUGAGCGUAUUUUGACUUCUGAGGGAGAAUACCAAGAACCAAGUCAUCAUCCCAGAGCCAAAAUAGCCACCCUCCCUCCUACCCCUGAGAGUGCAGGUAACAGGAUAGCAUUCUAUUCGCGGGCUCCAUGUAAAUUGUUUUAAUGACAGAUUUGUAUGUGCAUUAAUAUAUGUAACAUGCUACGUGUGCCGGUAUGUAGGUGUGUAGCGUAUGUGAGCAUGUAUACAAGGUGUAUGUGCAUGUUAAGAUGUCUGCUCUUAGCAUGUGUAGGCCACGUAUUAUUUGCAUGACUAUAUUCUAAUAAUUGUUUAUUUAAUGUGACUAAGGAGGGAUUGGUGAUAUCUAAUGCAAUAUGGGAAUCUUGCAAACCUCAAUCUUAGUUCUAACGACUAAUGUGGGUGUCGUAGUGUCUUGUGAUGGUAUUUAGUGUAUAUUACACCUUUUAUGGAGAAACUUUAAUGACAAAAUAAAAUGUCCAUAUAUAGGAACGUUUAUUGUUCUAGUAAAGGGUUACUCCAACUACAAUGACCACUUCAAUGAUUCGAAGUGGUCAUGGUGGUACGAGUCAAUAUGUGCAGUGUUUCAGCCAGAGAUAUUUUUAAUUGUGUGCUUGGGGCUUGUUAUACACCCAGUGCACAUGAUAUUGACAGCCUGGAACUCUGUCCCCGGGUUGCCAAUGUCAAUUGUUUAUAUUUUUUCAGCCAUUAGCACACAAGCAAGGGGAAGAUUGCUUCACCCUCCCUCCCUUCACGCUGUGUGCUCUCUCCACCUCCCUCCAUUUCCCUCAGUGUUUUAAAAAAACAAAAACAAAAAACCUCCAUCCCUCCUGUCCUCCCCUCCCCUCGCCGUCCCGGAGCGUACAUGCACUCUGAGCCUGCUAAACGGACCAAUCUUUGAGAAGCCCAUGAUUGGACCGCGCAAGGCCCCUGUGACACUGACAGGGGUGCAGAAGUCAGCUCCGGGGGCUUUGCCUGGUGCUGGAUUCCAGGUAAGUUAAAGUCUCAUAUUUACAGGUUAUACUGCAAACAGAGGUGGCCAAUAGAGGUCUCCUUAGUGCCCAAUAGGGCACAUUACACAAGAAAGGAUCCCACCUCAAAAGGAUGGAGUAACCCUGUAAGCAACUGUCAAGGUUGGGUUUACCAGUCAGUUUUCAAUAGAUUAAGGAGACGUAGGGCUGUUUGUACUGUCUAUAAAUCCAGACAUAGAGAUAUAUAUAUAUAUAUAUGAAAACAUUUGUAAAAAGAACCUCACUCAAUACUUUCUCCCCAGUCUCUGAUUCUCCUGAUGCCCAUGUCUUCAUCCAGGAAAUGGCUGGGCUAUACCAGCCAGUCCACAUACUCCACAUUCACUGAGUGAGCGUGCUAAUUACUAGUCGGACUGAAUAACGCUGGAUAAUUCUAGCUUCCUGAUAAUGAGUAGGAAUAUCAUACUUACUGAAAUUUAUAGCUGCUCCCAUUUACUUUCACUUUUAUGGCAACAUUUUACACCCCAGCCAUUUAUUUCAAUAAUAUCCUUAUAAUGUUAUAGGAAGGGAUAAAAACUGCUUAAGAAGUAAUAGGUGUGUGUAUGUAUAUGACAUGUCCAUGUGUUUAAAUCUGUUUGUAUUAGAGUCCAUGGGUGUGCAUGUGUUUUCCUGUGUUUAUGUAGGUGUACAGCGUGUGUGCAUGUAUAUAAAGUGUACACUCUAUACUCUGCAUGUGUUUCUCCAGCUUUGCUGCUAAACAAUCCAGCCUAUGCACUCCUCCUCUCCACCUACAACCAGCCAAUCACAGAGCCCAGUGGCGUGCAAGCUAAGCCACUCAACAGCCAGGGUAAGGGGCGGCCAUUUUGGAGCAGGCCAUCUCUAGGCUGUAUCUCUGUUACCUCCAUUUUUAACUCUCUCUCUCUUCCUUUCUCUGGAAUCUCUAAGACCAGGAAGGUCCAGACUUCUCACCUCUGUCUCAUACUGUCGUUAUAUCAUCAUAAUAAAAAUAGACACGUUACUUUAUGCAUCACUGAUGUCCAGAUAGUUCAUUUGGUUAGUGCACCACCUGUAUUGUGUAUUCAACCUUCAGAUUUGCACGUUUCGUUUCUGGUGGGAUCAGCUUGACCUCUCAUAGUUCUGAGGAUAAUAACACGUACCCAAGAGUAUAUCUCAAACGUAGAGAAAUGUAAACCCAUCCUGGUUGACAUUAUGAAUAACUGGAGGGGGGGCAAACAGUGGGAACAAAUUGUCACUGAGCUCGUUUUAUAUUUCAGACUGAAUCGCCAUGAUACUACUGUGCAUUAUUUGGUUUCCUAUCCAAAAUGUUUGAGAAACGCUCUUUAAUAGACAUUUCUUCUACCAUUGUAACUGGACUGUGCUGAGUGGUGGCUAAAUACAUAACCCAGACUUACAAUUUUUUUGUCUUACUUUACUUGCUUCUACUGUCUCCUGUCCUAUUUCUUUCUUUCCCCGCCACCUGUUUACCAAAUACUGCUUUCCCUCCCUAGAUGGGGGCUACAGGGAGCUGGAGUCCCCCAAACUUCCAGUGCUGUGCCCCGCCAGUGUCCCGCACUACGCCGAAGCAGACAUUGUUACUCUUCAAGGGGUAACAGGGAGUAACACGUACGCAGUACCAGCACUGACUGCUGACUCUCUAGCCUCCAAAGAGUUGCCUCUCAGCAAGUUUCCCCGGGGACAUCUCCUCUUUAAAGAAAAGUUGGGAGAGGGACAGUUUGGCGAGGUAAUGUCUGUUUGCUGCUGUUUUUGUCGAUGUUGACCUUUUUGGAUCCCCCGUGAUUGUUACCCAAACAUCAUGCCUCUUACAUUCUAGGUACACCUCUGUGAGGUAAUGAACCCGCACGAACUCCCUACUCUUCAGUUCCCUUUCAACAUGCGCAAAGGCCGGAGCCUCCUUGUGGCUGUCAAGUUACUACGGUCUGACGCCAAUAAAAAUGCCAGGUAAAGGUUUUCAUGUUGCCACUGACCCUUUGUUCCUUGACUUACGUCCCUCCGUUUUUGUUGCUCACAUCCUCUAUUUUUAUUUUAUAUUUUUUUUUUAUCUUCUCCAAUCUCUCUCCACAUCUGCACUGACAUCCAGGAAUGACUUCCUGAAGGAGCUAAAGAUCCUGUCCCGUCUGAGUGACCCUCAUAUUAUACGCCUUCUGGGGGCAUGCUUGGACGAGGAUCCUCUGUGUAUGAUCACCGAGUACAUGGAGAAUGGGGAUCUCAAUCAGUUUCUGAGCGCACACCAGCUGGGUGAAGAGGAUGAGAGUCCCGAAGGACGAGCAGGUCCACCCUGCAUUAGGUCAGAAGAUUUUUUUCUUACUUUCCCUCCCCUUCUCUUCCAAUUUUACCUGUCUUUACUACUCUCACAGAUCAUAUUAUUCAUUUCCAUUCAGUUUACCUUUCUACUCCCUCUUCUGAUUAUCUUUCUAUCUAUCUACAUCCAUUUGUAUCAGUGAUUUUCUGAAAAGCUUGCUUUUCCUGUACUUAUCUGAUACAGUGAAAAUUGUGCCAGUGCAAAUAUAUUUAAAAUCUGAUAUCUGACAUUUUCCCUAUUUCCUCGAAUUUCCAAGAGUUGGAUUCGCAGCUGACUUGGUAAUAUUGUUAUUUCCCAUUCUGUAGUUACCCGAGCCUUCUCCAGGUGGCGUUGCAGAUCUGCUCUGGAAUGAAAUACCUCUCAUCUCUUAAUUUUGUGCAUCGUGACCUGGCCUCCCGGAAUUGUCUGGUGGGAGAGAACCUUACAAUCAAAAUCGCUGAUUUUGGGAUGAGUCGCAAUUUGUAUGCUGGAGAUUACUAUCGCAUACAGGGCCGGGCUGUACUGCCAAUCAGGUGGAUGGCAUGGGAAUGUAUACUUAUGGUGAGUGGGUUGGUUGGUUGCAGAAUAAGUUAGCUUGGUCCCAUCCUCGGGGACUGUGACUAGUACAGAACUCCGUAGCAGUAUGAUAAGGUCUAAAAUAGACUCUAACACAUUCUGUUCCCACAUCUUUACUGGCGUCCAGUGAUCUUCAGAAUCCUAGAUGACUUUGCUGUAUUGACCUGCGCACAGUUUAGGACCCCACCAGUGGUCGUCUGUUUGAUAUUAUCCCUCUGGUUUCCUUUAUUGCCUGUUACUCCUCUCUCUUGAUCACCUCCUUAAUGUAGUGUUAGCAAGGUUGAAGAAAGGAUAUGAUGUUACUCUGUCUUACUCUGGACUUUUGGAAAUAAUGAAUGGCGCUAACAUAAUUAAAUACUUCUGUCCCAUGCAGGGAAAGUUCACCACAGCCAGUGAUGUCUGGGCAUUUGGCAUCACCUUGUGGGAGAUUUUAAUGCUGUGCAAGGAGCAGCCAUAUGGAGAGUUGAGUGAUGAAGAUGUGAUCGAGAACGCCGGGGAAGUCUUCAGAGACAGCAAGAAACAGGUAAGACUGUGACAAUCCUGGUGAAGGGGAGCUCUCCAUUAAAUUUGAUGUGCUUACUAUGUUGCAUAAUUGAUUUGAAAGAAGACAAAUAUUUUACCUUUAGCAGCUGCCUCAAUAUGAUAUACACAGCCUAAUUUGCCACGCGUAAGAUGUUGCCUAGGUUACAUGGGGUGGUGCUGCGUGGCGUCAAUAUGUGCCAGUUCCUACAUAGCCGUGUGGCCUGCAAGCCUGCCGUGACUAUGUAUCAUUAUUACAGAUAUAAUGUGUCUCUGCACUUUCUCCCUCCUUACAGAUUUACCUAUCUUGCCCCGUGAUAUGUCCUACGACCCUUUACGAGCUGAUGUUGCAAUGCUGGGCCCGAGAUUGCCGGGAGAGACCUUCGUUUCAGGACAUCUACGCCUCCUUGUCCUCACACGCAGUCUGCUCCACUCCGCUGAGACUGAAGGAAUAG